GACACCCCUGAGCUUCUCUUGGCCUGAUGGAUUCGGAGGUGGUUGUGCAGGAGGACAUGGAGGGCUCGUGGACGUUGCUGUCCUGGAUGGCGUCCUGCCUCAUGGUGUUCGGGGGGGCCCUGCCCUACGUGCCACAGUACCAGGACAUCCAGAGGAGCGGCAGCAGCGAGGGCUUCUCCACCCGAGUGUGCCUGGUGCUGCUCAUAGCCAACAUCCUGCGCAUCUUCUUCUGGAUAGGGAAGCAGUUUGAGCUCACCCUGCUGCUCCAGAGCGUGAUGAUGAUCCUCACCAUGUUCGCCAUGCUCCACCUCUGCUGCACAGUCCAAAACACCAACCGAGUGAGCACCAGGCAACACCGACUUUCAGACUUGGAUUUCCGCUACUUCUGGAAGUGGAGUGCGUUCGAGGACUACCUGCUCUUCUGCUUCGGCUUCACCGUGCUGUGUGCAGUGGUCACGCUGCUGCUGCUGGACUCUGCGGUGUUUGUGGAGACGCUGGGCUCCCUGGCCGUCAUGUUUGAGGCCAUGCUGGGCUUCCCGCAGCUGCUGCAAAACUUCCACAACUGCUCCACCAAAGGCAUGAGUGUGAAGAUGGUGCUGCUGUGGACGGCCGGAGACAUCUUCAAGACCACCUACUUUGUGAUGAACGAAAGCCCGGCUCAGUUCUGGGUUUGCGGUUCAGUCCAGAUCCUAAUCGAUGUGGCCAUCCUGCUGCAAGUCCUUUUCUACAGCCAAGACACACGGGUCAAGUUAGGUUAAACAUGGCUGUUGCUUUGGGCGGCACAAACCUGGGCUCGUGUCUACGUUUUAACGAGUCUGAUCAUGCAAGGCUUUUUAAUAAAAUCAACUGCAAAGUUGAUGGAAUAUCAUGAAAGACAUUU